AUCGUCUUUAAGCGUAGUCUUAACAAAAUGUUUUUACAUAGGAGACAAUCUACCAUGCAUGUUAACGAAUUUCUCUCAGCCGUAGCAACAGCUAAUAUUACUAAUCAAUCAGAAAUAAAUUCACGUCUGAAACGAGAUUUGAACGAAAUAGCAGAAAGAAAACAGCAAUGCCAAAUUUUAGAAUACGCUUCCAUAGCUACAGAAUUAGUUGGAAAUCUAGCUUCAGAUGUCAGCGACAUACCAGUAGUCGGAGAAGUUGCAGGUGUUUACACCGCGGGAAUAUCCAUGGUGAGCCACGUUGCCAAAGCUGGCAUGGACAUUGCAUCGCAAGCAUUAGACUGCGAUGACGUAAAUUUCGACGAAAUCAAAGAAAUCAUGGAUGAAAGAUUUAAUGAAGUUGACAGAAAAUUGGACAAAAGCAUGGAAGCGCUAGAAGAAGUUUCCAGAUUGGUGAGUAAAACCAUGUUGAUUGUUGAUCAAACUAGAGUCAUGAUGAGGGAGGGAUUUGAUAAAAUAUUGGAUGCAAUAGAAAAUAAGGAACUAAAAGACAGUAUCAAUAAAAUCAAAAAUUUCGUAAAGUAUUUUGAGAAUGAAAAGAGAGCAAUGCGUAGUCUUCCUGAAGAUCAAUACAUUUUUAAACUGCAAGAACCAAACAGUGUACUCACAUAUUUAAGAAACACUAGGCUUCCAAAUGAAGACAGCCUGCAUUCUGCUUUACAUAAAAUCAUCGAUAGUGACUAUGCUAUUCCCAAAAAUGCUAAUGACUCUAAAGCAUUCUCAGCAUUGCAUGCUUUAUUUCACGGUGCACAGACAUAUGUAUCGAUUAUGUUUUUCUUAUUGAAAGAGCAUUCUUAUUUAGCUGAUUACAAUUAUCAAAAGGGUGAUAUGGAAGAAUUUAAUAAGCAGUUUGAUACUUUGAAAUCCAUAUUUGAAGAUUUCCAAACUUCACUAACUGGUGGAACUUCUAAUAAUUCUUUUCUGGAUAAAGCUAUCGAAACAUUAAACAAGGCUAAAGACAAAGCCUUUGUUAAAGAUCUGGAAAGUAAAUUAUAUCAAGAAUUAUCACAUAGAGAGGGAAAUUUACGUAAACUUAAAAGAGAAAUUAAAAGCAUAAAGCUACCUAUCAUCAGCGACGUGCCGAAAACUGCUGCUCAAAUAUCGUUUGAAGAUUCCGCACUUUCUACACCUCACGGGGAUUGGGAAGACAGAGCCAAAGUAAGGUACGCUGUGCAACUGGAAAAGAAUGGUCUUUUUUCAAAAUUAAGUGAAUGGACGGAGCCAGUAUUUGUGCAAGGUAAAGCAAAUCCCACGCUUAAAUUUCCAAUUGAUCUUAAAAGAAGAAAGAGACUUGUCUUCAGAAAGUUUAAUGACAAUAAACCUCAGCUAGUAGGAGUCUUGAGUAAAUUACAGAUACUAUUCAAGGAUAUAAAUAGAGAUCUUUACAACGCAGCUGGAAGGGUUGAUAAGAAAUUAGCAUUAAAAGAAAUAAACUUACUGAUAGAAAACGGUGCUGAUAUCAACGCGGUGUUUGAUUCGGAUAGAAGUGUAAUGCAUGCUGCAGCGAAAAGUGGUAAUGAUAAAGCAGCUUUGAGGAUUUUGUCGAAUAAUAGUUCAAUAAACUUAAAUGUAAAGGACAAAAAGGGUUUUACCCCGAUGCAUUUAGCUGCUGAUGCAGGUCAAAAGGAGUUUAUACAAAUGCUCGUACAACAUGGAGGUGAUAUUAAUGCAAAAACUAAAACAGAUCACUUGACACCAUUACACAUAGCAACACGAAAUGGGUUUGAUAAAACUGUUUUGAUAUUAAUGGCAAAUGAAAAUCUACAGAUCAACGCUAAAGAUAAGUCAGGUUUUACUCCCUUGCACUAUGUAAUCCAAGGUGGUGCUAAAGUUCUAGAAGCUCUGUUGUCAAGCAAGGAAACUGAUGUUAAUACAAAAUCUGAGAGUGGCCUGACUCCUUUUCAUUUGGCUAUUAUGAACAGUGAUCAAGAAGUUGCUGAAGUUCUGGAAGAUAGUCAAGCUCUGGAUGUAAAUGCUGGAGAUAACAACGGUUUGACUGCCCUUCACUUUGCUUGUAUGGCUGAAAAUACGAAAAUGAUUGAGUUCCUUAUGUCUAGAAAGGGAAUUGACGUCAAUGCUGUGACACAGGAUAAAAAAUGGUCUCCCUUGCACUUAUCUAUAUAUUUUAGAAAAGAGACUUCUGCUUCAGAAAUAAUGAAAGAUGCAAGGACAGAUGUCAACAUUUUUGCGAGUGAAAACAUCACGCCAUUACAUAUAUCAGUUGCAACCGGACAGUUGAACAUUAUCACUGGACUACUUGAUCGGAGAGCAAACAUUGAAGCUAAGACUAUUGAAGGUUUUACCCCUCUACAUCUUGCAGCCCUCAGACCUGAACCUACUAUCUCCUCUUUGUUGCUUAGAAAUGGUGCUAAUAUAAAUUCGAAAUCAAACGAUGGAUCAACACCUUUGCAUCUUGCCACAAAAGCAGAGAGAAUCGAAACACUGACUAAUUUAUUAAACAAAGGAGCUGAUUCCAGAUCAGUGGAUCACAACAAUCUGCUACCGAUACAAAUAGCGAUACAGAAUUACAAUACAGAUAUCAUUAGGAAGUUUAUGAAUCAUGAUCGUAUUAUUGUUAACCCAAAAACUGAAGAAUUCUUAAUUCAUAACAAUAAAAUUCUUUCAUUCACAUUUAGCACUCUUGUUAGAUACUUGUACCACUAUUACUUGAAUAAGGAUUCUCCAGAAUAUCAGGAAUUUAGGGACAUGACUCCCUAUCAAAUAUUUGAGAAGCAAGGAAAAAUAGAAAUGUUAAAAGUUCUUAUGGAGGGCUCAGAAGAAGUAAAGAUACUUCCUAUCAUUGUUAAUGGUAUUGAUAACAUAGCGAAACACUGCGUAACUAAAACCACCAAUCAAGAUGAUUCAAAAGAUACAGUAGAUCCGUGCGUUUCAUCAAGACAUGUCAGACGUCACAUUCUAUCAGAUUUAAAAAAUAGUGUUAAAAAAUUAUUAAAAUCGAGUGUUUAUAAUUCUGUGUUAUCUGAUGCAAGCUUCAAUCGGAUGAAUGGAGCCCAUCAAAAUAAAUUAGAAUAUCGAAAUAAGAAUGUACGAAUCAUCCAAUCUCCUGAUAGCGUGAAAACCUCAUAUCAGAUGAAAAACAUUACUCAAACUCUCUCUGAAUAUCGAAAUAAUAAUAAACAAGCCGUCCAAUCCACUGAUAGCAGAAAGGCUUUCACUUGGAUGAAAAGCAUUACUCAAAAUCACUCAGAAUAUCUAAAUAAUAAACGAAACAUUCAACCCACAGAUAAUGUGAAAACCUUCAAUCUGAUGAAAAACAUUACUCAAAAUCUCUCAGAAUAUCGAAAUAAUAAUAUACAAGCUUUUCAAUCUACUGAGAAGACUUUCAACUUCUUCAAAGUUAAUUCAACUGCUAACUUGGAUACUAAUGGUAUCUUACUUCUGUUAGAUACUUUUAUUCGAAAGCUAACAGCGAAAAAGCAUGACUUUAUGUACUACAAAACCGUUUCUGAUUUGGAAAUACAAGCUAAGGCUCUUAACAUCACCGAAGAUCUGGAGCAAUUCGUGAAUGCGUUGGGUGUUAUUAAAGCGAAUGUGCAAAUUGAUUUUUUUGAAAUUUAUUCAAUGAUUUACAAAUCUCUUCAUUCUGGUAAUGUGGCUAAAUUUACAGAAAAACUAUGUUCGUUAUUAAAAGAUAUUUUACAGCCAUUUCAAAUUGAAAUAUUCUUAUCAAAACUGUUUGAAAAUGUAACACUAGAUUAAUGCUUCAUAUGACGAAAUCGCUUUGUAUUCCUGCAAAAUCAUUAAACUUACAAUUCUUAUUGAA